AUGGCUGGCCAGGCUGGACACGAGUCGACGCGUCGUGGGGCGCUCAUCGUCGUCGAGGGACUCGACCGCGCGGGCAAAUCGAGCCAAUGUGAGAAGCUACGAGACUAUUUGUCCGAACAAGGACAUACCGUGAAAUACAUUCGAUUCCCAGACAGGACAACACCCAUCGGGAAGCUCAUAGAUAGUUAUCUGCGUGGCUCAACCGAUCAAGAGGAUCACUCCAUCCACCUGCUCUUCUCCGCCAAUCGCUGGGAGGUCGCCAAGUCGAUUCAAGAAGAUAUCGCCAACGGUAUCACGAUAAUUGUGGACCGCUAUUCAUACUCCGGCGCCGUGUAUUCAGCCGCCAAAGCCAACCCCACAUUGUCUCUCGAGUGGGCAUGGCAACCAGAGAUCGGUCUUCCUCGUCCGGAUAUUUGCCUUUUCCUUAGCAUAUCUGCUGAGGAAGCUGCGAAACGGGGAGGCUUCGGUGCUGAGCGGUACGAGAAUGAGGCGAUGCAGACCCGCGUUCGUGAACUCUUCCGUACUCUGUUUGAACGCCAGGAAGAUGUUUCCAUUAUCGAUGCGGGGAAGUCUCUGGAAGAUGUUUCCAAGGAUAUUCAAGUUGUUGUUUCGGAGUGUGUCGGGCGUCUGGGCGCGAUUGGACCGUUGAGAACAUUGGGACCCCUGGUCAAUUAG